AUGGGCAAUCGAGCUGGGGCCCUGGACAUUGAAUAUCGAAAACGAACAGCGAUCAAAGGGCAGGUAAUCGCCGAUUUCUUAGCAGAAAUUCCUGACGGAGAAGUGAUCCAAGAUCUAGUGGUUAACGACAUGCCAAAAUCCAGCACGUCCAGACAAACUUGGAAGUUGUACACAGAUGGAUCUUCCAGUGGAAAGGUGGCAAGCGCGGGCCUCAUGCUAAUAAGCCCAAACGAAGUAAAGUUGAUGUACGCUUUGCGAUUCGACUUUGAAUGCUCCAACAACGAGUCAGAAUAUGAAGCGCUACUAGCGGGUCUGAGGAAGGCUCAAUCCAUGGGAGCGACGAGGGUCGAUGCAUACGUUGACUCUCUGCUGGUCAACAACCAAGUGAAUGAGACGUAUGAAGCCAAAGAUGAGACAAUGGCAAAAUAUUUGGCUAAAACCAAGGAAAUCAUAGCUUCCUUUGACAAUGUUACACUCAAUCAUGUCCAUCGCGGAAGAAAUCCAAUAGCUGAUGCCCUAAGCAAGCUAGCUACAUCAGGUAUGGAAAAGGAGGUGAAGGUGGAAACCCUCCAGUCACCUUCAACAGAACACCGAGAAGUAUCCCGGUCACAGCGGAAGAACCUUGUUGAAGCUAUGAACCUGAUUCAAGAGAUAUACGCCGGCAUAUGUGGCAUUCACGCCGGACCCUGGGCAAUCGAUGCUAAAAUUCAUAACGCCGGGUACUACUGGCCUGGGAUGCAUGAAGACGCGGUGCUUGAACUCAGAAAACUUGAUUCCCCAAACCCGUUGGCCAAGAUAACCACCGAAAACGCCAAGAAAUUCCUAUGGGAGCACAUCAUUUGCCGAUUCGGACUCCCGCUAUACCUUGUAAGUGACAAUGGGACACAAUUCACAGACAGGGUCUUACAAGAUUGGUGUGCAGAGCUACAAAUCCAACAAAUUUUUACAUCGGUUGCACACCCUCAAGGAAACGGUCAAGUGGAAAGGGCAAACAGAAGCCUGUUGGACGGGAUCAAAAGAAGGUUAGGCUAUGAGGGAAGCUCUUGGGUGGAAGAAUUAGCAAACGUCCUCCGGGCACACCGAACUAUGCCCAAGACAAGCAACAGCGAGACCCCAUUCAGCCUAACUUAUGGCACGGAACCAGCAAAGGUAGGGCUACCUUCUCUAAGGCGCCUAACAACUGAUGAUGACAAUGAUAGGCUCUUACGGGACGGUCUAGAUCUGCUGGAAGAACGGCGUGAAGCAGCCGCUAUCAGCGAAGAAAAAUACAAGAAAGCCUUAGAAAAAUACUAUAACCAGCGCGUGGCUCAGCAAACCUUUAAGGAAGGCGAUUAUGUCAUGUGGGAUAAUGAGGCAAGUAGGGCAGAACCCACAGGCAAGCUGGGGCCAACUGGGAAGGCCCUUACAUAG